CCACCCUAUAAGCUGCGGCGCUAUAACUCAAAUACUAUGAGCCACUGGGUAAGAUACCUAAGUGAGAUCAGACCACCACCGCGAGCAAUCCUGGUCAGUGGAAUGAACCGCCUGACGCCCGCUGGCCCAUCUGGCCGGCACACCCAUGCCCUCGGCUACCAGCUUCUCCAACCCGUCAGGUUGGAGCGAAAAUUCGCUCUUUUUUUGUUUUGUUUUGUUUUUUUUUUUACCAUUCUCCUCUUCUCUUCUGUAUGCGUCUAGGGUUUGCCAAUCCUCAUGCUCAACUUCGCACCGUCCAGGAUGAUUUUCGAUCCAACUAGAAGCAGGCUUGCAUAUGCUACCUCGGCUGUCGCUCCGA